UGGAGGACGACGAUUGAAAGCAAAUAAGCGCAUGAGUCUGCGUUCGAGUUAACUUUGGACUUUUAAAAGACACCGCUUGGUUCAUAUCUAUGAAAUGACGAGACUUGGGAGGGCUCCCUGACAGCUCUGGACAACCCCAUCACCCCCUCCCCCCCUGGUGUCACGUUUCUCCUCCUGCACCAUGAGGGUUGGACCGAUGAUGACCACGUGCGGGCUCUCAUUCCCGCCCCUUCCCCUCCAUGCUGCUGGAAGCAGCCUCUGAGAGAGAGAUGGAUGGUCAGACUCACACAGUGUUGCAGCUUACACUGGGAGGACAGCAGUAUGGAUGAGUUGAUUGCAACCAGGUGAGAAUGGGGAGAGAGCAGGGAGGAGGGUGAUUGAGGGAGUUGCUGAUCACUGCCGCUGCACAUGAUGCCACGCAUACUCUUCCUGCUAUUCAGCUUGUCUGUAAUGACCAUGAUGUUUGUAGCCAAGUUUGGUUUGGACAGCCACUUCCAGCAAGCCACCCAAGGCAUGCCCAACAUCCGCGACCACACCGCAGAGAGUCGCAUGGUGCGAGAUAUGCUGAGGGACAGAGAACUCCGACACAAUCGAGAAGUAACCAUCCUCAGAGACCGUAUCGGCAGCUUGGAAAAUGAGCUGAAGUCUGCCCAGGAACGAGUUCAUAACCUCACUCAAAUCGCAGCUGCCCGUCCAACUGUAGCCGAGAUUACAUCCAAGGAGAUCUUGGAGGGCAAAACCAUUGUAAUACAGAACAAGACAGAGGACUUCAUCAGGUACUUCCAGGAGAAGGUGAAGGCUGCCGAGAUCCAUCAAGGAGUUGCCUUGAAGACUGAGUAUGAUAUUGUUGCAUUUGAUCGGUUUACUCUCAACAGGGUGUACAUGCAUGAACCUGGCCUGGGAAAACGUGUCAUAGAAAAACCCAUUGGGUAUAAGAAGCGAGAUCUGUUUGAAAUGGUUGCCUUUGGAGUUGAUCAGCUGAAUGUGAAUAGAUCUGAAAAUGCCAAGCCAUAUACUUUUGAAGACUUCUUAGAAGGUGUGUUCAGGACUGAACCGACCUCAGGGUCACACUAUGAAUUGUAUUUCCGAAAUAAGGACACCAACAGUCCCUACUCGUAUGUCAAGCUGGUGAUGAUGAGGCCGUUUGGUCCUCCCAUGCAGAUCAGGAACAACACCAUGUCCACCAGCCAGGAGUGGGUCAACCUCAUCCUGCCCCUCUCCGGCCGGGUGGAGACCUUCCGGCUGUUCAUGGAUCGUUUCAUCAGUACCUGCAUAAAGCAGGAUAAGAGAGUGUAUUUGACUGUGGUCUACUUCGGGAAGGAGGGACUACGGGAAGUGAAGAAUAUUAUGUCUCAAAUAGCUAAAGCUUACAAAUUUAAACAUUUGAAACUUGUAACUUUGAAUGAGAAGUUUGCGCGAGGCCGUGGCCUACAAAUUGGUGCCUUGAACUGGAAGAGUGGAGAUACCUUACUGUUCCUUUGUGAUGUGGACAUUGUAUUUAAUAAUGAAUUUCUUGAGAGAUGCCGACUCAAUGCAGAGCGUGGAAAACGGGUAUAUUAUCCUAUAGUGUUUAGUCUAUAUAAUCCAAAUGUUGUCUAUGCACUACAAGACAUGCAGAUUCCAUCCCUGAAGGACCAACUCAUCAUAUCUAAAGACACAGGAUUCUGGCGAGACUUUGGAUACGGAAUGACUUGCCAGUUCCGAUCAGACUUCUUGAAAAUCAAAGGUUUUGAUGAGCAGAUUACUGGUUGGGGUGGGGAAGAUGUGUUUCUCUAUCAGAAAUAUGUGAGGAGUGAGUACAUGGUGAUCCGAGCCACUGACCCCGGCAUCUUCCAUCUGUGGCACGAGAAAGUGUGUGAUCCCAACCUCAGCUCUGAACAGUACAAAAGUUGCAUACGUUCCAAGGCUUUGAAUGAAGCCUCCCACUCACAGUUAGGGCUCCUUGCUUUCAAGGAUGAGAUGGAUGUUCAUAAAGGUUUUGAGAAUUCCAAAAAGAAACAAGUAUUAUAACAUUGGGGUAAUAUUGACAAGAUGUUCUAUUUUAGCUGGACAGAAUCUGUAAUUGCACUGUAUAUGUGUCUAAUGACUUGAAAUCCAUUCAGUUCCACUCAAUGACCCUGGGAUAGUAGUAUUGAAAAUUCCUGUUUGCGUAGGACAGAAGUCUGAUAAAGGAUUUGAGUCUUUUUCAUUUGUAUACUAUUUUCAUGCAUCAUUUUCUUUCUGAAAUGGUUUUAUUGGUAGACUAUACUCUAUGGCCAGGCAAUAUCAUUAGCAAGCAUCUAUAACUGACAACAUUUCUCUCCUGUAGCCUGAGACAGAUUUUUAUAAAUUGAGGAUCUCUAGACUUGCCGAAGAAUGAAGUGUUUGAGGUAUUUAUAUCUCAUUAGCUAGGACUGUCAAUUGCCCUGAGCUUCUUCUUUUAGGGUGGGGGACCUAGUUCACUUGUCAUCGAGAUUACCCAGUUCCGAUUACCCUCAUGGCCACUAAAUGUUGAGCCCAUUUCUGGUGUACUCCCUUUAUAUUGCUGGUUAUAUUGCUACAAGCAGAGGCUUUUCACUUUUAUGAAUAUUUAGUCCCUGAAAUGAAAAUAUAUUCUAAUUAGCUGUUAAACUGUCCCUCAGUAUACAAUGAGAAGGAGUCCAAAGGAUCUCUUAAUUUUUAGAAACUGAAGAACUCUCGAGUUGGCAAAGUAUUAAGAAGUGCGUGGAAGUAUUCGGAUUGUUUUGUUUCAUUUUCUGUUUGAGGGACUGAUAGAGGUCAAUAUUCUGUACAAACAUUUAAUAAGUGAGGAGAUUUUCGCUAUUCAUAUCCCAGCAUUGUGGUUGAACUGUGUGGAUUCUGUAGACAAGGUUUGCCUGCGGGAUGAUUGGCCUCCCAUGUGAUACAGUCUGUUCAGUGCUGUGUUUAUAAACACGUUAUUCACUUUGGUAAGGAACAAAGUCUAGCAGUAUUUGCAUUCCCCCGGACAGGUUAUAUAUAGUUUGUAAUGGUAUAUACAGACAACACAAACAUACUUCCAGCAAAUAAACCAUGUUGUCUCGUGACAGCUUCACAUCAGGAGUAUCUUCAAAGACAUUAACAAAUCUAUAAAACAUACCACACACCAGUCUAUUUGAAUUUCUUCUUAAAAGGAGUCUUUAUUUAAACAAGUCAAGCAUGUUAUGGCUGGUCUCCAAGACAUUAUGUUUAUUUCUUUACCCUUCAAGAGUUAUAUCAAAGGGAGACCAUGCUGCUUAGUAACUGACAGAUUGCUGGUUGCCAUGGAAACAUGACCAGUAAACACAACAGAUUCAGUGCACCUGUGUUCUUUCAGAGAGAUGUUUAGUUCAGUUACACACAGUGCCGACCAACUGUAGAGUCUGGUUAAAAAAAUUUGUCAUGGCUACACAUGUAAUGAUUGCUUUCAGGAAGUAUUAGCAAUUAUUUGGUCUGGCUUUUAUUUGUAUUAUUUUCAGUAUGUUAUUCAAAGUGCAAAGUUUAACUGUAAGGAGUCCAUUGUAAACUAAAUCCAACACAUUUGUCGAGAGUCAGUAAAUCAUCCAUGGGACCAUACAUGCUGAUCACAGACGGCAAGGUGUUGGGGAUAGACUGGUGGCUCCUUACAGAGUCUAAUUAAUGCAGUGUGCUUGAUCAUAAGUCAAACAUGGCAGCUGACUUGAACCAUCUUGUUUUUAGUUAAAAGUUUAUGAUGUUUUAAGUGGCACUGCUACAGGGUAAGAUUACAUAAUACCGGAUACCUUCCACCAGAAAACAUGCGAGUUUACUUUAGGUGAGGGUUAGGGUUAGGGUUAGGGUGAUUUGACACUAAACAAUAUGGCUGGUAGGUAUCCGGUAUUCUGUAGGUGUACCCUGCUACAGAUUGCUAAGUGUAAUGUUACUGGAAGGGAACUUCAGUUUGUUUGUGUUACCAGUUUGUGUUUAUCCAUCAAACUGUCAGUGUCUGUUCUACAAACUUAUUGAUCCAGUAAUCCUGUUACCUUGAACGUCAUGUUCUACCUGCUACACAGAGAGCAUUCCGUCUAUCAGGGACAUCAUCAUGCAGAUCCUUCCUUUCUGGUAAACUGUUGGUGGGAUCACUACAAUAUGGUUUUCUCAAAACUUUAUGAAUAUCCACAUAUCUGUUGAUUAGUUUUCAUACUGAUGUCAUGUUCCAGUGCUAACAUUUCCAGAAGACAGGAAAUUUCAUCAUCAAAUGCUCUUUACGAAAACUCAGCUGUGCAUCAGUGGUGAGCAGGUGGGCCAGUAGCGAAAGAGAACCUUGGUUGUCAGUUGGAAGAAUAGUUGUCAUUGGAUUGGAACUGAAGCAAUUGUCAGAGUAUUAACAGUGUAUGAAAUAAGGCCCGUCCGACCGCCCAAGACGGUCUAGAUUUCUGACGGACGGAUUAAAUUUACAGCUGGCCAGACCGAUGGUCUGGUAAAAUUUUUAAAUUCACCACAUUUGGUCUGGUUAUAUCCAUUUUGGGCUGGUAACAUUUUGAAGUUACCAGCCCUGAUGUCUGGCUGGGGUUUUGGCUUAUUUCAUACACUGGUAUUAGGGGAUCAGAGUAUAUGUUCCUCUGUCUUUACCAUUGCAUACCACAGUUCUCUACCAGACACUCACAGCUUCUUGUUCCAGUGGCCUCAGACCAUGUAAUAGUCUGUCUCACAGUCCCUGAACCACAUUAUUUUCCCUACUGCCCUCCCUGCAAUGAUAAAGCCCUAAAUAAAGCAAGUCUAGAUUUCUCAGAAUCUGAAUUUCCCAUGUCACUGGGGCUCCUUUUCAAUUUCAAUGGGUUUAUUUGUUACUUUCAAGUGUAUAUAUAUUCAGAGUCUAAGAGGUAGUCUAGCCCUGUAGCUGUGCAGAGUUAAGUCCCUUAGUUGUGUCUGGAUCAGCUGGUCUUGGUUCAAACCCCAGUCUUGUCCUAGUUUUGUUAUCACAAAUGCUGUAAAUGCCACCGAAGUAGUACACAUGACUCUGGGCAUGUAACUGUAGGUUUGUCUAUGCAGAAGGCCAGUUCCUGUUUGCUUGAUGUUGGGGUAUGACUGCCUGAUGUAUUGAUGUACCAGUGAAAGGCAUGGUUCACAACUGGGGUAUGCAACGUGUAGAGAUGGUGUAGGGUAAGAUGGUCAACCACCAGAGAAGAUCUGGCUUGGUCAGCAUCCUUAUCUGUAUAUUUUGCAAUCCAGCUGUGGUGUCUCUGAUCCAUUCUGUAAUUGUAUUGCAGAAUUCACUCACUCACUCUAAAGCCAGGCACUCAACAUAAAGCAAUAGUAUUCUUCUACAAUUAAUGCUAAGGUAUGAUAUACCACUCAAAAGAAGAUUAAGGACAUUGAUUCUUUGAAAUUACUUUACCUAAUACCAUUACAGAAUAACUGGAUCAAUAUGGACAAACAAAACAGGUGUUCCUUAAUGUCUUUUGAGCAGUAUAUUUCAUGAAUUGUUGUAUUAACAUUGAUAUGUUUAAAUUACCUUAACCUAAGGAAGUGUGUCGACGCUAGUCAACCCUAGUCAACCAUAUAUAUUUCUGUAUAUCUUUUAACUCUCUAGUCAUGAGUCAUGGAGUCAUCCACGGUGCUACAGCCAUUAUGUUGUCAUGUUUCCUUUAUUCACAAGCUGCAUUUUUUCGCAAGUAUUGAUUAAAACACUCAUUAAUUUAUUCAUCGUUUUUUCAGAUUGUAUCAUUUGUUAUCAAUCAUAAAGAAAAAAAGAAUGUUAUUUUUAUUUUAUUUUUGAAUUCCAGUAUAACACAUGUGCCAAUGUUUACAUUUUCAGUAUAAGUCACACACCUGUAUAUAUAGCAUUUUGAGACACACCUUGCCAGGUAUUGUGUCACAGUACGCAGCCAGUGUCGUAGUUUGUCAGUAUUGCAGAUGUAGAUGUUUACAUGUUCUUCAACAACAGACUUGAACACUGAAGCAAAACAUUUCGAGGUGCCUCAGGCUUGAAUCAGUCAUUAAGUUGAUUACAAAAUGGUUUCUCAUCAAUUGUAUUUUCAAAAUAACCUUGUUACCAGGCAUUUUAUUUUGUUUUCUCUUGUUUGUCAAAUAACUGUGGCAAGGAAAGAUAACCCCUCUGGUAAAAUCUUAACUAAUAUUAAAGGUGUUUUACUGGACAAGUUGAAAUAUGAUUCACCAAAUGAAAGCUAUUCAUACUGCUCUUUUAAAGGAAUCAAUGAUGAGAAACAGUUUUUAGAACUUGAGAUGGGAUCAGCAUAGUUGAUAUUAAUACUUGAAAUAUAUUGUAUUAUUUUACAUUUGACCGAUAUAAAGUUUACAGUUUAUAUAUGCUAUAGAAUGUACAUUUAGUUCAGUCCCUUGUUGGUUAUGGGCAAUUUGGUUUACAAUGUCUUGAAGAUGUUUACUAUGAUACAGUGUGCGAAAUAGUUUCCAAAUUUUGCUAGUCACAAAAUAAUUCACUAGACUGAAAUUUGAAUAUAGACACGUGUUUCAUCAUUAAGCUGCUAAUAUGAUGAGCAUUUUCUCAGGCCAAAAUCUUGCAUGAUUCAAAAGUGUGUUAUUUAUAACUUAUCAAGUCGGAGAGAGUGAUAUAUUUACAAACUGACCUCAUGAACACUCACUAGCCCGGUGGGCCAGUGACUGUGGAGAUAUGCUGGCCCGAUUGGAUAUUUACUAGCCACAGGCUAGUGGGCCAGUGGCUAUUUCGCACACUGCUACGAUAUGAUCCCUAUCUGUGCGAUGAUCUGACGGCACUGUCUCAAGAGGUCAGGUGAACCUUGACCUUAAUUUAAACUAGUUUAUACGAAGGACACAUGAGUUCUCAACCAAUCAGAUAUGAGCUUUAUUUUGUUUUACCAGCUUGCCUUCUGAUUUGUGCAAAUUAACAUCAACACAAAUAUUCAUAUACAAUUCCUGUUUUGGUGCAGAUGCACUCAGAUACAAAGUAUUGUAAUGCGUAAGUAUCAAUGGAAUGUAUAACACAACAAAACAAUUACACCUCGAUUGAUUGGCUGAUUAGAAACCCCACCUGACUUCCUAUACAGGUGUUUGAUCUUCAUGAGAGGAUAGGGGCGGUGGGGUAGUCUAGUGGUUAAAGCGUUGGCUCGUCACGCCGAAGACCUGGGUUCGAAUCCCCACAUGGGUACAAUGAGUGAAGCCCAUUUCUGGUUUCCCCCGCCAUGAUAUUGCUGGAAUAUUGCUAAAAGCAACGUAAAACCAAACUCAGUCAGUCAGUCAUGAGAGGAUAUUGUACUGGAGUAAGAGGUCUGAGUUUAUGUAGAUUUUUUGGUUUUGCUCUUUUUAGUAAACAAUGAGAGUGUCUCAUCACAUUUGUCUCCCUUGUUUUAUAACCUUGACCUCAGAUAUGUAUGGUAUUAUUGGUUACAUCUGCUGUAAUCAAACAUUGUAUUGGUUAGUUUAUGUUACAAUGUACAGUGGUAUACUGGUAUAUUUAUAGGUGUCAAUAUGACAACAACUUUUAAAGCAGUUUAAUGCCAUUACCCCAGAGAGAUCAGAUAUGACCAAUGAGUAAUUUCUUAUGAGGGCAAAGAUCCAAAUGUAUUAUAAGAACAUGCUGUAAACUUUCUUCUCAGACUUUGAGUUAUUUGUAUGUUCACUGUAAAUAGCCUGAAUGUGUAGAUGUAGGUCCAGCUUUAACAUGUAUACACCUGGAAAUGGUCAACACAGCUUACUAUUUACAGAUAAAGUAUUUUUACAAAUGUACCAUGUAUUAUUUUUUUUUACAAAACACAUAUUGUUUUUUGGAGUGAAAUAUAUUUAAGUACAGAAAUGAAAUUAACUGUUCAGGGCCAUCAACUACCUGUCCUUGACAACAGAUGCUUCCUUCUAGUCUUUGCAGUGUGUUAAAAACUUGGUACUCGUGACCACUUGGAGAAAUCUCACCUGAGUGUCUGUUUACAAACAAAACAUCACCCCAGGUGAAUACAAGUGUAAAUCUCUGAGAUUUGUUGAUAUAUUUGAUAUCAGAGGAUAUUUGGGUGCGAUUACUUUUAAUCUUUCUUCCACAUUUUUCUUUUUGUAAGCGGUAAUAAGUAUUGCGCUGUGUGCAAGAAACAGUUUACAGUACUUUGAUUGUGAUACCAUGGUAAACAAUGACAUCACAAUAGUCUACAAAACAAACAUAAUGAUACAAUUACAUUGCAUUGACAUCUUCUAGAUAACCUAAUCUCAUCCAGGGGAUGUAUCCAGUGGAGGCACGUUUUGGAUGAUAAAGUGUACUUUCUAUACCCACUUUCACAGGUAUCCAUGGUAUCUGAGACAAUAUAAGAUCAGUAUUGUAUGUACAGGUAGAUCUUUCUGAAGAUAAUAAGUUUCAGAUAAUCCCUCAGUAAGACAAAAGAGCAUUGUGCUGCCCAUUUGUUUCCCAGGUGUAUAUAUACCAUGCCUGUAUAUAUGUAGUAUGUACAGUUGUAGGCCUAGCCAGAGUCCAUGAGGUGAUGACUCUUGCAACACAAUACCUCAGUAAUCCACGAAGACAAUCCUCAUCAUCAGUGACCCCUGCAAACAGGGCACAGUGGGCCACGACACAACAAGAGUUGGAGGUUUUAUGAGUGCUUCCAGCAUUGCUGAUUUCUCAACGUGCCAUCACGUAUUUGGUUUAUGUUGUAUAUCUGAAAUAUGACAGUUAUUAUUACCAAGUAGACAAUGAUUUUUGUAGACUGCCAUAGCCCUUAUAAGAGACUGUGGAAUGGGGAGGGUUAAUCUCAGUUUACGACCAUCAUUGUGCUCGCUCUAUCAAAUGCGAGUGUUUAGGACUCAUGAUACACAUUGCUCUAUGAUUGCUUUAUAAUGAUCUGCAAAUCUUUUAAAUACAAUUUCUUUCUGAACCUGAUGCACUAUUUUUGUAGAAUUUAAUAUUUGAAUGUUUCAACACACAGUAAACAUCUUUAAAGAAAAAUAUUUCAUUACUGUAGCGACAGGAGUCAGUGUUGAACCCUCCCUCAAACCUAGGAAUGGGUGUUGCCCCAUGGAGGGUUGAACUAGUAGUCCGUAUUUGUCAUGAGAUGUGAUCCCUUCCUGACACAGUUGAAGGGUGCCAUUUCAGAGUUUUACAAUGUCUAUUAUUUCAAGUAUUUGCUGUGCAUCUACACGCAUUUGUUCUCCUUUGAUGGUGUUUGGGAAUGGAAUCCUCUUUAGAAUAUUUUUUCCAGAGUAAUAAUGAUGCAAUUACAAAAAACAAGGAAUUUCUUCAUGACCAGGAGUAUGUAAAAGACUCACCCUGUCAAACAUUUGACAGCCAUGGCACUGCAGGAAGAGUGUACUCCGAGCAAGUGAGGUGGCAGGUAUAUAGAUUUAGCACUACUGUAUUUUGGUCUGGAAUUCUAUUUGCUGUUGAAAAUUAAUUUACCAGAUUGACGGAUUUGAAUUAUCAUUGACAUAUUUUUCAUCAUAUUUAUUGUCUUACAUAUCUCUCCUAAAUUAUGCCUUCAGAUUUGAUCAUUACAAUGAAUAAACAUAGCUUUCACUUA